CUUUAGAGCUAAUGAAUGGAUAGGCAUGUGACGUAUGUAGAUAAACAUCAGGACAAAGGAAGCAUCCCUGUAACUUUGCUUCAUCUGCGUUUAUAUAUACACCUUUGUUUAUACAUAGAACUUUGCUCAAGCCAAUCUUUUGAGGCACAAAAAUCGCUCGACCGACUGCUACUUCCGCCACUUCACAAAUGGAUUCCUCAGGAGCUAAAGAAACACAACCUCCACCAGGGUACCCAACUACUUCAACGCCGCCCAAGAAGCAGCGAUGCCGUUCCCGUACCAAGAAGAGAGGCGAGAAAGGUUUCAUUGAAGGAUGUCUUGCUGCGCUUUGUUGUUGUUGGAUAUGUGAAACUUGCUGCUUAUAAUGAGUGGAGGCUCAUCAGAAGAGGCAUGGACGAUAAGACUAUCAUAUAUGGAUGGUGUGAGUAUAACAUCGUGUUACUUCAGUGGAUUGUGAACUUAAUGUAAUAAACAAGGGGUUUGUGUAUGUUUCUUUUGUUGGACAGUCCCGUUUGUACCUCUUAUUUUAUUGUAUUACGUAGUACCAGAAACUAUUGUCAGAAUAUGAAGUCACUUUGCUAAAUCAAUUAUGCAACAAAUUAUU